AUGUCUCUAGAAUCUCAAGCAUCCGAAAGAAAGAAUAGAUUAGCGGCCCUAAGGAAUAAAAGGAAACCAAACACUUUAGAAGUGUCUGAUGAACAAGCUACCAAAAAACCAACACCAGAACAUACAAUAAUCUCAAGAAAUUAUAAUCCAGAGACCCAAGAGCCAAUACUAGGCUUUAAUAAACCUCCAACUACAUUAGAUGAAAAUGCAGAAACUGUUGAAGCAGUUUCUCAAAAGAUACAAGAUGAAGUAUUAUCAAAAUUUGCCAAAACUGCAGACCUAGGUUUUACAAAUAAUGAUCAAAUAAGGACAAAGACAGUGACUAGUGAUUUGAUGAGAGAUUUGCAACCAAAAUUAGAUAUACUUCAAGAACGUACUGAUGAAGCUAUCAAUAAGAUUGUUAAAGAAAAAGUUCAAAAACUUCGGGAGAGGAAUAGUUAG